UACUUCCUACAGUCAAACUACACGUCAAAAUAUCAAUCCCAUAGGUUUUCCUAACAAGAGAUGGUCUCCAGUCGUUUCAGGUUUACGGUGUUAUCGUAAGCCACCACCGCUUAAUAUUUCCUUUUAUUUGCAGGUUUUGUCUAUCACAGAUUUUUUUGGUAUUGCAUAUUACAUUUUGCAGACAGGAGGGCCAGUUUUAGCGCAAAUGGAUCCACAAGGAAAAUUUAUUCACUUUAGAUUAUUUCGUGAAGCAACUCGUUAUAAAGAAGGGAAACAUAUCAAGGAUUUGUCAUGUCUUAACAGAGAUUUAUCUCGUGUAGUGCUCGUGGACUGGGAUCCAAUUGCGGCUCAGUUACAACCCCGUAACUCACUAAUCAUCAAACGCUGGGAUGGAGACGAAUCAGACAGGGAACUGAUAGACCUUGCCGCCUUUCUAAGAAGUAAGUCCAGUUGUCGUUCAUUGAGACUUGAGAUUUCCGGUUACUUUUACUGGGUCGAAUCUCCUGACUUUCCUUGACAGAUGGGCUACUAUGCGGCUGCCUCUAUGUUACCAGAUAUCCCUUAUUUCUCCGCCUACAUUAGUGGCUAACAGUGGAGUCCCGGGCACGUGUUUCAUCUUACUUGGGACUCGUCAACUGAAUGUAUCUGCACUCACUGUCGAAAGCUCGAGGGUAAGGCGGAUUAGGAACCUUCUUAUGAGUAGCACACCACUCCCUACCUGUAGUCUUCAUGUGCUGGCGGUAUGGGUUUAUAGCUAUCUGCAUUCAAAGCAAACAAACAUAAAUUCCCAACUUCGAAAAUGCAGUGUGACAGGUCCCAGACGAAUGUCCUCUGAGCUCAAUGACCACGCAACAUCUGAUCGAUAGACUUCGAUAAGUGCUGAGCAGUAAAAACUAAACAGGUACAUCCGAUCUCCACUGAUGACCGAUUCGUGUACAUAAUCUUCUACACUGUCAUUAGCGUCAUGAAUAGCUUGGCGUUCAUAGCUCUGACUUCAGCAUUGAGUGAUGCAGCUUCAAACCAUCGAUGUGACAUCAAGUGUGGUUAUUCAAUUGACCUCACGCGGUCAAUAUAGUGAGUAUGCAAAGCUCACUUUCGAGUUUCUGGAAAUUCACUGGUUAGUUUUCGGGUUCUUCCAGGUGUACGUACGGCGCUGAGUCUGAGGGCAGAUAGCAUACUGCUCACCGUUUCCCAGUUGACAGUCAUCUGCGAGCUGUUCGAUUGAAUAAUGGACUGAGGACCACAAAGAGCAGUAAAAAUUCCUGUUGUUUCUUUGCAAUCUGUGCUGAAGUGCCCCCUGACUGUAGUUCAUAUGAAUUGAUGGAUGACUUCUACUGAGAGAUGCGAGAAAUGCACCCCACAAAUUCUCGAAUUGCUAAUCAAGGUGUCCAGAAGACUGCUUCUCGACCUAACAUGGCUAAGUCAUCUGCAUACUCUAAGUUUACUAAGGAGCAUCACGUAACGAAAUCGAUCCCGGUAAAGUCCGACUAGGCAAGGGAGACCUCCAUAACCAGGUCCAUGACAAUGCUAAAUGAGAACAUAGAGAGCGGGCAACCCUGAUGAACAUCACUCGACGUGGGAAACACACCCCUGAUACCUCACUAUGGCCUCAAUUACACCCACGAGUGUUUGAAUACAGCGCCUUAAACAAGGUGAUGUAUUUGCUCGGCACUUUUCCAGCUAGAGAGACAUUGUCAUCAGACCUUUCGAUCGACGAAGUGCAAUUCCGCCUUCAUGUCCAGAAAUACAGCUAGUGUCGACUGACUUUCCCCAUGAUAUAAAGGACAGCGAAUAUGUGGUUAAAAGACUGGCGAACAAGUCUAAAACUUGUUUGGUUUCUUCAGACCCACCGGCCUCGAGGUUCACGUAGACGUCUAGUGAUCAUAACCCAGAAUGUUGGACACCUUAUUCGUCGAAUUGACUGUGUAUGUUCCAUGGUUUUAACCCUUUCCAAGCUUUUGUAAUUUCAUUUCAGUUCAUUUGUUUAUUAUUG